AGCUGCACUUGCUGCACACACUCUCACCUCCUAAAUAGAAAGGAGGAGGGACACAGAGGAGGGGCCACUACGAGAUGUUAAAUAAUAACUGAUCAACUCCAUGAAUCAAUUAUAAGAUUUUCUUCUUCUUCUGCAGGUUUACCUGCUGACAUGUCCAUCUGAAGUCUUCUGUCCAAGCUGACACAACAUAAUGGCUGACGCUGCAUGGUGGUUUCCAGUGGAUGCUUACAAUUGAGUGCUGCAGUAGGAUGCAGGGCUGUGUGCCUGCUUGGUUGCCGCCACAGAUGAUUCUCAACCUCUACUUGGUCAUCCUGUUCAGUUGGACAGUCUUGUCCCAGCCGGGUUUGGAGGAGGUGUUCUUCAGUCCACAGGAUCAGAGCGUCCGGGAAGGAGAGGAUGUUUCCUUUCGGUGUGUGUCUGGUGAAAGCUUGUCCCCCACUAGCAUCUUCUGGCUCAAAGAUGGACAUGUGGUCACCACAGGGAGGCAAAUCCAGGGCGAGUACGGCGGUGGCCAGCAGAAGAAGACAUCAGGAACUCUUCAUCUCCUCAACGUAAGCUUAGAGGACGAUGGGAGGUACGUCUGUGUGACGUAUAGUCCUUCAUUAAACAUCAGCAAGAAGAGCCAGCCCGCCAGGCUUACCGUGCUGGGAGUCCCUCACCGACUCAGAAUCACACGGGGCCCUGACAACACCACUGUCGCUGUGGGAACUGAGGUCUCCAUGCACUGUGCUGUGCGAGGCUUCCCUGUUCCCAUGGUGCACUGGUUCAAAGACGACUGCCUCCUGACAAAGUGCUCGGCCUCAUUCAGCCUCCACAACAAUGGACAGCUGCUUACAUUCAGGAAUGUGAGCAAGGAAGAUGAAGGCUUCUAUCGCUGUGAAGCAUCAAACCUGAAGGAGUCAAUUAAGUCGCAAGCAGCGUUCCUUCUUCUAGCUGAAAUGGACUGGAACUUCAUCCAGCAGCCCACAAACGUGACGGCAAAGAAGGGAGACAACAUCACCAUCUCCUGUAGGCCGCCGUAUAGCAGACCUGCAGCGAGCGUGUCCUGGUUCAAAAACAACCAUCUCCUCCGUCCUAGAGAUCACGUUAAUGUGCUCCCUGGUGGAGACCUCCUCAUCCUCAGCAUCCAAGAGGAGGACAGCGGAAGCUACUUCUGCAGAGCCGCUAACGUCCACAUUCAAAGAUUUGUCACGUCCAGAAGAGCUACGGUGACAGUCCACGCCGCUCCGUCAGUGCGACUGUGGCCUCACGCUUUAACAGUACCACUUGAGGGCCGAGUGUCUCUGUAUUGUCAGGUGUCAGGUGAACCCCCUCCUUCCAUUAGCUUUGUUAAGAGGGGACAUUCUAAGCAGACGGGGGCCAGGAUGGUACUAGGGCUGAGAAAUGCAACGCUCCAUAUCGAAUCAGCUCGUAGCUACGAUGAAGGAGCGUACGUGUGUGAAGCCACCAGCACACUCGGUCACAGUCGAGCAACAGCAACACUCACAGUCGCUGUUAGUCCCAUUAUUGUGACCUAUGCGGGUCAGGUGACGUGCAAGGUUGGUGCGUCAGCAGUUCUGCCCUGCGUUGCCAUUGGGGUUCCACCCAUCUGGUACAACUGGACCAGGGGCGCAGCAGAGAUAAAGCAGCCCAUUGGCACCUCUGAAAGAAAACACAUCGAUGAAGAUGGCGCUCUGCAUCUUUCGAAAGUGCAGUGGUCAGACGCAGGCGAAUAUUUCUGCACUGCUGAGAACCGAGCGGGACGACACAAGAGACGUACCAUCCUCAGUGUCACUGCUGAACAUCACCUGCAAGAUGGAGGGCAGCAGACAAGGGCGGUCUUGUCUGCCAGCAACAACACCAGCGACCGAUCACAACUUCAUCCUUCCACUAAUGCCAGGAAGACACAGAAGCCUCACAUGCAGGAAGAGUACAACAUGGCCAAAUUAUGCUCAUCAUCACACUGCGAUAUGACAGCAAACACUCUACCAAAAGCUGAGAUAAAGGCCCCUCCCACGAUCUCGCCUUCGGUCGCUCACAUGCAGCCUCCCAUGCUGCCGCCUCCUCCCUACCCCAACUUCCAAAUCCUCAGCACUCGAAAGCCGACGACCGCCGAGCCUCUCUUGUAUUCGAGGCUCCAUCAUCAGCUAGCAACACAUCUUCAGCUACAAGUUGGGGAGAAAUUGUCAGCAGAGUCCAGUUCUAAAGGUCUUGAUGGUCACAGUAUGGAAUCUUUACAAGAGAUUCUACUGAGUGGACGUUCACCGACUCCUGUGGAUCAAUCCUCGACAUCACAAAUCAAUUUACAUCCAUCAACAAGCCACGGUUCUCAAACCAAACUGGUCCAAACAAACCAUUCUUCCAUUACAGUAACUUCUCUUUUUCCCGAGUUCCACUUGGAUCUUACACCAACACAGCAUCCUGAAUCCCAAAUACCCAGUCAAACCUCAACAAAACUAUCCAUAGACACACCUCCUACAGACUUUAACUCAUUGCCUCCUCAAACAGAUUCUUCACCUUCUGUCUUUACUCAUCCUCCUGACCCCUCAACAUUGGAUCCUUUGGAGAGUUUAGGUCAGUUAAAUGCUAGUCAACCUCAGCAGCGUCGCCCAGUGGAGACGUCCAAAGCGGAAGACGAGGAGCAGAGGAACACCUCGCAGUCACCUAUGACCAGCAACCACCCUCAUUACAGCGUUACACAGCAGUCGCCGUCAUGGCUCCCCGUCCUGGAAAAACAUGACGUGCCCAUCGUGGUGGGAGUGGGCGUGUCGCUGGCCUUCAUCUUUGUCACCGUGGCCUUCUAUUCGGUGGUGCAGAAGAACGAGCCGGCGCCGACGAGCCGCGCAGGUUGGGAAUCAAACGACAAAACACAGAGGAAUCUAGGCGUCCCUGUACGCCACGCAGAACGUCGAGCUGCAGGGCGGACAUACGAAAACAGAGCCUUCGAAGAUGACGAGUGCGUGGCAGUGAUCGAGCACAACACCAGCACGUGCGACACCCGAGCCAGACCUCCAGGACUCAGCCUGGUCACAGUGCAGAUGGAGCCCACCUGCGAGGACCUUCAUGAGGAGGCGCACACAUGCUCUCCGGGUGACCACUCGGUCACCGUGGAGACGUAUCCUGAACCUAUUGCAGACACUAAGAUUGACUCCUGUGUGGAGGAGGAGAAGGCCUGUACUCCUCCCAGUCCUCCCAGCGUACAGCAGCAGUGUCCAGAGGACUGGCAUAGUAACGCAGGAGAUACCCACAGCUUCUGCCAGGACACCUUGCCUCCCCCAUCCACCCCUUCACCCACACCUUCGCCCUUGCCCUCUCCACGCGGCGCCGGCCUACGCUCCUCUCUGACCCUGCAAGGCACCGAGUCUCUGGCGGCGCCUAUCCACCACAUCCUCAGCAUCUCGCACGGCAGCCCUCCUCUGAUGCUCUCCCACUACGUCUCCUUAGGACACACUACUGUGGCGGUCGACGUUCAUUUUUACCCCGAGGCCACAAGUGCUCCGGUCAAUUCUGCGUCCACUUUCUCGUCAUCAUUUGUGCCACGCUUAGCUAACAGCCAAGACAGCGACAAGGCCAGGGUUGAUCACAACAAAUAAACACUAAACGCACAUUUGUAUUUACACUUCAACCUCUAAAGCAGAGGGCAUGUUUUUCAUAAUGAUCGUGAACGAUAGGCAAAAUUCCCCAAAAAGUGCAGUCCCCCUUUAAGGAGGUCGUCAGGGAAGUAAACAAGGCAGGAGUGGUUCACAUAUUCCUAAUAUCCAAUGUUUUAUCGUUUAUAGUUCAUAUUGUCGUGAUGUGUGAAUGUGUUGUUGCUCAGUUUGUUAGUUAAAGCUUGUUUUAAUUAAUGCUUUAACAAACUGAAGUGUCUCUGAUCAUUUCCUGAUUGUGUUGUAAAUCCGACAUCUUUUAUUUUUGUACAAAAUAAUUGUUAUUACAAUCAGCGCUGUGCUGUGUGCCAAAAAUGGGUCGUCAUGUGUGUAUUUGUGUGCGCGUGUCUGUAUGUGUGGCGUACGCACGUUGUCCUUGGGACAGUGUAUUCUCCUGUUCUACUGUAUUUUCACAUGUUUAUCAUGUUUGGCAAACUUCCCUUGUCAAUUUGGUAUUACAUUUAUAUGCAGACUUAAAUAUACAAAUUGAUAGCCCGGCCAAAUUAUUUGAACCCAGUGUGGCCUCCGAGUCAAAAAGUCUGAAGACACCUGCUCUUAAGCCUCAACAGAUAGCAUUCUGAACCGUUAUACAAGUGUAAAAAUAAGUUAACUGUAAACAUUAAAACAUCACAACAGUACAGCUUUAACUUCCAUAAAGGGUGGGUGCUACUUUAACAAGACGUUAAUAUUAUAAUAUUACAGUGUUUCCCCCAGAAAAUGUGUUAGUUAAGGUGGGUCAUCU